ACUGGUCGCAGAGUCCCUAAAGAGAUCCCAUUCCUGGAUCUGGAUCUUGAUGGCGAGCGGCGGGGAGGAUAUGGUGAAAGAUAAGGCCUCGACGGCGGAGGAGAAGGAGACGGCGUCGAAGAAUAAGAAAUCCUUGCAGAUCGAGGAAGGGGCGCCCUGGUUGUGGAAGUGGGAGGAAGGGGACCGCUUGUCGACGGAUGGUGAUACCGAUGACGAUGACGAUGAUGAUCAUGUGAAGGCGGUGAUUCCAGAGGAGCCGUCCGCUGCCAUUUUGGGGAAUUGUGGGGUGAUAGCGGUGCUAUUUGAGACACCCUCUGGCUUUGCGAUUUUCGGUUAUUAUGGGAUCAGGCUCCUUGACCUAGAUGCCUGGCAGCAUAUCUGGGUAGACUUCGUCAAUACGCCAGACCAUACUGUUUGGCUGAAGGAAUUUCAAGCUUUUGAGGACAAGCUCAGCGCCAUUAACAAAGAUGCUAUCAGUCCAGCAUUGGGUAAGAUGAUCCGGAAACAUGUUGCUGAUGGACAAACACUAGCUGUUGGGAAGGAGGAUUAUGCAGUUGUCAUCCAAAAGUGCUUGGGAAUAAAAUGCCUGUGCAGCCCUUCUGUCCAGGAGUUGAUGUGGGGCUUGGAGAUUCGGAUCCUGUAUUUCGUGCCCGAAGAAAACCCAGAGCUGGCUAAUGAGGAUCGCUUCCGGAUGAGUAAAGGAAUGGAGGCAUUUCUCCUGAAUCACCAUAACUUUAAUGUCAAACCAGGUGUGAUGGUCACCAAACGUAUUAUUGAGACGGCGGCCCUCGUUUAUGAGUGUGAUCGUUCUGUGGACAAACAUGCCAUCUCCUUGCGCCAUGCAGCUACGCACCUUGAGAGAAUAUCUCACAUUGAUGCUCAAGAUUGGGAUUUGCUUAAACUCGCUACCGCCCUCAAGCUGAUAUGUUACCCUGAAGAAAAAAUCCGAGCUCCCCGACGGCUAUUCACAAAACCACAGGUGAUGAGGUUGAAGAAGGAUGCACCUAAAUAUGAAGAUGUAAUCUUGAAGGCUCCUUGCCUGGAAAUCUAUAAUGAAAUGUACACUGCUCGUAAAAUUAGGUGUGAGGCGGCUCGAGCCUUGAUCUGUUUGCUCGAGCGGGCCAAAAGGGCAUAUGAAGCUGAACUACCAGAUCAUGAAAUUGAUCCUGACAGCAGGAAGAUUCGUCAUUGUAUCGACCCUGUUAUGAUUGAUGAACUUAGAGAGUGGCAUACCAGGCUUUCCACCAAACCUAAGAAAAGACAGGUUCCACCAACUCUGGCACCAGUUGAUGCACUCCAGAGAUAUACUCUGAUCUCCAGCCAUCCACUUAACAAGCCGAACGAACCAGGCAUCUUAUCUCUGGACAUCCAUCCUUCCCAGGACAUUAUUUUAACUGGGGGUAUAGAUACAGAUGCAAUACUCUUUGAUCGGUCGUCCGGUGAAAUUUUGUGCAGGCUUACUGGUCACUCAAAGAAGAUAACCAGUUUAAAGUUUGUUAAUGAAAAUGGACUCUUCAUAACCGGAUCAGCAGAUAAGACUGUUCGCAUUUGGCAAGGGAGCGAGGAUGGAGACUAUAGCUGUAUCCAUACAUUGAAAGAUCAUACUGCGGAGGUUGAAGCUGUUACAGUCCAUGCGUCUCAGAAGUACUUUGUGACUACUUCCAGGGAUAACUCAUGGUGCUUCUAUGAUAUUUCAACCGGUUCUUGCGUAGCACAGGUUGGUGAGGCUUCUGGACAAGAGGGCUAUACAUCUGCAGCAUCCCAUCCAGAGGGUCUUAUCCUUGGAACAGGAACUACUGAUGGUGUUGUCAAAAUUUGGAAUGUGAAGACUCAGUCAAAGGUUGCAAACUUUGAUGGGCAUGUCGGACCAGUGGCUGCUAUGUCAUUCUCUGAAAAUGGUUACUUCCUAGCGACUGCUGCUCUAGAUGGUGUCAAGCUUUGGGAUCUUCGGAGCUCUAGUAAAUAUUUCAUGACCUUCCCUCCCUGUAAUUCAGACGCAACAACCAACGCUGUGGAAUUUGACUUUAGUGGAAGAUAUCUUGCAAUUGGUGGUUCAGAUAUAAAGAUUUACCAGGUAGCCAAUCCUAAGGUUAAAUGGAAUGUUAUCAAGACACUACCAGAUCUAUCAGGAACAGGGAAAAUAACUUCAAUGAAGUUUGGGGUCGACGCGAAGUACAUCGCUGUAGGUUCGAUGGACCAAAAUCUACGGAUGUUUGGGCUCCAAAGCUACUAGCCAUCU